CAAGAAACGUAAAGCACGCCAGGAAGUAAAUCUGUGACGUAGCUGUAAAACCUCUCCAUUUUCCCCAGUUAGCACCAUUUUGUAAGGAAAGGAGAGAGAGGGAGAACAGGCUGGCCUCCGUGUUUAUAUUUUUAGGAAAUACCGUUUUAAUCACUGUAGCUAGCUAGUAUAGUUCGUAUUUUAGUAGUAUCUGAAAGAGUAAGGCGAAAUAAAACAUCAAGUGAGAAGUGGAUCCAGAUCUGUCGGUUGCAACUAGCUUAGCUGCUAACUGGUUCAUCGCUCAAGCUAACGAGCUUGCUAGCCAAGUGAUACACGAGUAUCGGCAAACAAGCAACGAUCAAAGUAAGUUUUUACAAAUAAUCGCCUACUGAACUUGUUUGAAACAAUGUUGACUGUUUUUAGGAAGAGAUUUUCUAGCUAGCUACGUUGGCUAAUAAUGUUCAGGCUCGAUAGGGACACUAGCCUAACAGCGUACAGGCUCCUAUUUAGUUUUUCGCACAGUCACAGGCUACUUAGUUAAUUCGCUAGUUAACGUAGUUAGCUAGCUUUCGUAGCUACCCCCUCUCUCGUUGUCAUUCAAACGCAGUGAAGUCGACUCAUUUGCUACAUUUGUUUUAUGAACCUGACGUGUAUGUUGUGCCUUUCGGGAAAGUCCACGAUAAGUUUAUUUCGAGCUCGUGGCGUGGCCCUUUUGCGUCUUUUCUUCAAAGUAUGUAUCCAACGUUAGUUGGCAAAUGGAAGGAUACUAGCUAACUGCAUACCACAACUAGUCAAAUUUUAACUAGUUAUCUACUAACUAAGCUGACCAUUUUGCCAACUAAAUAUAAUGUAUUGUUAUGAAACUAGCAAGUACCUACGACCUUGAAUGGUUAUGCACAGAUGGAAUGUAAUGGCCAACACUGGUGUAUUUCCUUCGUGAAAUUGUUUUUCUAACCUAUUUUUUCCCUACUACACCCUCCCCUGGCACCUCCCAAUUUGACCUAUCCCUCCCUCUUGUCUGUCACUUGUUCCAAGGAGUUCCAGUGAAGUCAAAAUGAGUGCUCCCUCCUCCCAAAAAGUAGUGCUGAAAAGCACCACCAAGCAGUCCCUGAAUGAGCGGUGAGACGCGCUACGCACCCUGACAGCACUAAGCGAGGCGAAGGGCGAAAAAGUGGUACAGACGGCCCUAGUGUGCUCUACUACGGAAGGCCACUGUUGGGGACCAGACAUGGACGCUAGACUGCCCGGGGCCGACGUGUGCGCUGCUCACUCAAAAUGCAUGCCGUAUUCAACAUUUGCUUACAUUAGAAGUUUGCGCUCCAGGCCAACCUUUUGUGUGAGCAGCGCACACUUAGACCCAAGGAGAGAGGGUAACGGUGAUGCCUGGUAAGGCGACUGUCCUAGAAUGGGCACAGGCCGCACUCCUGAUAUGCCCCGGCACUCCUCCUCUCUGUGUGUCACACAUUGGUGCAGUCCCAAAAUAUACUGUACGUAUGGGAGAGGAGAGAACAAACCAAUGAAAAGAGGAGGGUGCGCUCACCCAAAGCACCCUCCCGCUCCUCUCCCACCCUCUCUCUACACACACAACUCUCUCUCAACUAAAUGACUGUUUGUUUAGCCAUUUGACUCCUUUUCCUCCUCUCUUUGCUACCACUUUCAUUUUCAGUUCUCUGUGCUCUGAAGUCUUUCUGUGAGACUAGGUGCCCAGUCCUAGCCCGGACGUGACCAACCCCCCUUCCCUUGAACUUCUCUCUCCCCCUUUUCUUCCUAUUCUCAUAUGUGUGGUGUGAGCACAAGGCACGGUCCGGGCUGUAAGUGGCUGGGUUGCCAGAUACCCCUCCAGUCCUGGGCCUCCAACCUCCGCCAGGCCUUUUUCGCAGGCUGAUGCCAUCAAAACAGGGUGGCGGGGAGGCCUGUAAGUGGCAAUCACUCUCCUCUCUUGUCAUCUGGUUUCCUUUCUCUCCAUUUUCUCUUCUGCCGUUCUCAUUCUUGUCUUCCCAUCUGUUCCAGUGUUUCUUCUACUGCAUUUCUAUCCAUCUUUCUACUUUGUUUUACUUUAACCUAAAAUGUGCUGAAUUGCUUCCAGAAAGCAUUUUGGGUUGUCAAGUACUUAACAAUGAGAGAGAGAGAGCGAAACAAAGAGAGUGAGGUGCCAACAAGCGGGGCAUUCAUAACACACGCCACAGCUCCUGUGGCCGUGUCCAUGGUAUGAGAAAUGACUUGAUUUGGAACCCUCCCCCCCUCCGUAUCCUCUCUCUUUCCCUCCUUUUACCCCCUCUCUGUCCCGCUCCCCCUCCCCUCCAAAGCUUCACUACCAUGCUGAAGAACAAGGCGCCAACAGCGGUGAGUGUGCGAGCCACCAUGCAGCAGCAACACAUGGCCAGCGCCCGCAACCGCCGCCUCGCCCAGCAGAUGGAGAACAGGCCCUCUGUGCAGGCCGCUCUGCACCACAAGCAGGUGAGACAAGGGGAUCUAGCGCAAUUAGUCUUUCUGCAAUUCCUCACCUUCUCAACAGUAUUGGAGGAGACGAUCCAAGUCCCUUUCCUCGAACCUUCUCCAAUGCAUUUUGAGGAGGAAUCGGGGAAAGAUGAAAUGAGGAAGAGCCAAAUGGGGAGACAUCUGAAGCACUGUAAACAGGUGAGAUGGAGAGAGGAAUGGGAUACCGGACAAAGGCCAUGUUCUACAAACGUGUAAGAGGGAGAUGGGGAACGGGAAAAGGGCUAUACACUUGGGAAUCACUAGAUAUUAGGAACUUGAAAUGCUUGACGCAGACCUAGUAAGAGAGGGGACCAUAGAGCAAAGGUUAAUAUACAGAUCAGAUAAAUGGCUGUGUUUGGGUCAAGCACUGAAGCGACAAUUUGACAAAUGCAGCACAAGUGUUCACCACCUCCCUAUCCCUGCCACUUGGUAUCAACCUUCCACCUAACCCUCCCAGAGCCUGAAGCAGCGCCUGGGGAAGAGCAACAUCCAGGCCAGGCUGGGCCGGCCCAUCGGGGCCUUGAUGCGGGGGGGCGCUGGAGGCCGGGGAUUCGCCGUUGGAGGGAUGCGGGGGAUGACCAGAGGAGGUCUACGAGGCCGCGGCAGAGGAGGAGCCCUGAGGGGAGCUAUGGCUCUGAGAGGUGAGCAUUUGUAACCACACAGCAAAGCCUACUGGGAUUGAUGUUUUGCUACAAUGUUAGAACUGAACAUUUUGGCUUCAUAAAUUGUUGAAAGACAUAUGACAAGACGUUUAAUGUUUUCUCUGAAUUGUUCUACUCUGGGGCUGAAGUAUACUUUCCACAGUGAUGUCCAGGCUUUUAAGUAGGCCUUGUACUUUUUUUGCAUGGGGGAAAGGCAAACUUUAUUAUUUAAAGGGGUGAUGUGAUCUCAUCUGGAAACUAGCUUGAGCAAAUACACCCUGCUGAGUUGAAUGGAAUACCCCAGCUGUCAGUCCAUGUGGAUCUGUCAAGAGUAUGGCUUCACCCCCUGGUUUACUAUCCAUCCCCUCAACCUGAGGGAAUGUGGCUGUCAAUCAUCGUGACUCCACCGUCCAUAAUCCCCCUGCUGUCUUGGUUGGCCCAAUAUCUUGGCACCUGUUGUGCUACUGAGCAUGUGGUGACGGAUCUAACAGCUGCACUGUCCCUGCUUAUCCACACAGUCACCCCACACCCACUUAUACACACUCCCGGUGGAGGGGAUUGGGGAUUUUAGAUGCCAUUUAGACAACAACAAAAGUCACAGUAAUACUUAGGCCUAAGUGAAAUUCAUUUAAAUACGUUGGCUUUAAUUUAUCGGGGUUUAGAAUGGAAUGGUGCAGAUACAAGAUGUGCACUGCGGUCACAUAUAUGUUGCAUACAACGCAUAACAGUGGCAUUCCAGGAUUUUGGUGAAUACGAACAUAAAAUGUUGGUCAUAGCAUUUGAAGUGAUAUUAAUGUGUUUUCACAGUAGCACAAAUUGUUAUUCUGUCAGAAUACCCCAUGCCUAGCUAGAAGUUAUUCCAGAAUACAUGGGCUAGGCACCCAGCAAACACCUCUAACCUGUCUUGUCAUGGCUAACGUAAAACAAGUUGGAGUAUAACUGACAUGCUUAACAUGUUUUUCCCCUGCAUAGAAUUUGAAUACUUUAGCUGCUUUAGUUAGGUGUGUUGGUGGCUGAGAUGUGGGUCAAUGAUGGGCAUGUAGAAGGUUUUUGUAUUCACUUGACAACUUUGUUCUUAAACUGAAAUGUGAUAAAUUGGUUAAAUUCCUAAAUGCUAUCAACAUUAAGCUAAGUCACUAGUUAACUGCUCCUUUAUUACAUCCUGUGUCCUGAUAGGGAAUCGCCUUUCCCCAGGCAUGGGCCAGAUGCGUGGCAGAGGGGGUCCAGGCCGUGUGGCCCUCCGUAGGGGAAUGCGUCAAAGAGGAGGGGCUGCUGGUCGUGGGGGUGCCUUCGGCAGAGGAGCUGGAAGAGGAAUGGGAGCCAGGGGUAAGGAACUGGAUUUAGAGUUCGGAUUCAUUUAAUCUGUAAACUGACACGUCACAAUCUACUUCAAGUUUCUUGUUUACAUGAACACUUAUGCAACAACCAUUUUGUUAAUGCAUUGUGACUAAUUUUUUUUUGGUGUUGUCCACCAUUUCUUUCCCUCCCUCCAGGACGAGGUGGCCUGCGUGGGCGUGGUGGCUUCGCCGGCAGGGGUGGUGGCCGCGGUCGUGGUGGUGGAAGAGGAGGCCGUGGCAGGGGAGGUGGCCCGGGAAUGACCCGCGAGCAGCUGGACAACCAGCUUGACGCCUACAUGUCCAAGACAAAGGGCAACCUGGACGCAGAGCUGGACGCGUACAUGGCCCAGGCUGACCCAGAGGGCAUGGAGUGAACCAGGACCUCUACCACAAGAGAGUAGGGACUCCUUGAACAGGCCCACACUGAGACAGUACUGAUAACAUGAUGACACAGAGAGAAGCUUGUAUAGUACAAUUACACGACACAAACUUAAUGAUAAACGCACAUACGUAAACUCAGUGCAGUGUCUCACACUACAUGGCUCAAAUUUGACAUGUGAUCACAACAUCGGCUUAAAUAUAAAACUCACAUACUCACUGACACACAUGCAUACAAACACACUCAUUCUAAAAUUGUGGGCUUAUGAAGAGAACUGUUUGAAAUUGACCGUUUUACUGAAUGUGGACUUGACCAUUCUAUCAGUAUCAUUGCAAAGUAGACUCGCACCUGCACAGUUUAAAACUUUUUCCUGUAUGUGCAAGUGUGCAUGAAGAAAACAAAGAUCUUUUAGACUUGAAUGGACGACACUGACUGGAGUAGAGACUUAAAGAACCAACACUAUCAACACUCCUCAAAGGCCUGCUUUUUGGACUAGAAUCUCUCUUGGCAUAAUCUGUUUUGAAGCUGAAUUGGACUAUUACUGAACUUUGCGUCUAUGUCCAUAUGGUUAAAAGUGCUUUAGCUCCAUCAUGUCUAACUAGCAUCCACUUCUCAUAUUUCGUAAACCUAUUUUUUACUACCAUGUUUUUAUGUUAGGAUUUGUAUUUAGUAAUGGAUGCUCCUUUUUAUUGUUUUAGCAGAAGUGUACAAAGACUUGACUCAAGUAAAAAAUCUAAUGAAAAUGACAAGGGGAAUUCUAGAGAGAUCAUUUAUUGCAUUUUUGUUCUGUUUAACGCCACCAACUUUGCUUCUGGAUAAUUGACAUAUGUUGCUGUCUUUGGUUGAAACUCCCCUAACAGCAUUUUAUGGAUGCUUGACAUACCAAAAAUAGCAACUACACAAGAAGGUGCAAAAUAUUUCCAUCCUGGUGUCAAUUGUAUGAAUUUGAAAUGGUCUUUAAAAAAAAACUGUGGUUGUUGAACACCACUCAAAUGAAGUGAGUGAGAAUGUUUUCAGAUUGUGUCCAUCUGGAUGAAACUAU